GACACUAUUUAACCUGCGCAUGCGCAAUCGGGGCGUAGUUAUGAAAACAGCAGUUGAGGCUUUUUUCCCUUAGUGAAACCUUAGCAAAGCGAUGGCGGGAGGAGAGGAGGCUGCUGGGGGCAAGGGUUUUAAGCUGUUGGGGAUCCUGGAUGUCCAGAGGACGCCAUGCGCCAGAGAUGCCAUCCUGCAUGGAGCUGGAGGCUCGGUAGCUGCUGGCAUGCUGUAUUUUCUGGCCACCAGUCGAGUGAGGCGCUCCUUUGACGUAGGAUUAGCCGGUUUUAUACUCACCACUCUGGGGUCCUGGUUUUACUGCAGGAUAAACAAUGCCAAGCUCCGCGUGCAGCAGAGGGUGAUACAGGAGGGCAUCAGGAACAAGGUCAUCUACGAGGGAACCGUUCUAGACCCCUCAAACAAACCCAAAGCAGACGCUCGUUCGGGUUCAUCGUGACGACCGACGCUCCUCUCUCCAGACCAGAGAGAACAGAAACUGAGUUGGAAGUGUUGGAAGAGAACUAAACAGAUGUUUGAUUUGCGGAAAGAUCUUCCAAUAUGGAGCCAGUCUAAAUCAUGGAGCCUGUUUAAAUCAUUUCUGAUUUAAACAGGAAGAUGCUCUAAAUGUCUUCUUUAUUUCAUCUGGAAAUAACUGUCUAAUUUAUUUUUCUAAUGUGUUUCUGAAACAUAAAAUGUUUAGAGGAUUAAUUAAAUAACUAAUGUAAAAAAAUACAAAGGAAGGAUAAAACAGACAAAAAUAGCAUGACAU